UUUCUAUCUUAUUUCUCCAUCAUGUCUCUGAAUGACCUCCCACCAGAGAUCCUACACAGUAUUGUCAAGUAUAUCGAUAAUGAUCAUCCAUUCAGCCUACUGGAUUUCGCCCGCGUGAAUAAACUCUGCUAUUCUGCGACCACACCGAUUCUCCUUCAAACCAUCAAACUAUCAUUAUCCCAUCGCGAUGAUCUGGCCCGCGAUGUGUUACAUUAUGUCCAGCUAUACUCUGAACAGCUAGAACGCACCCAAAGUUUCUCGUUCGUCCGUCGUAUUGUCAUCGAUGUUGAUGAAUGUAAGGAUGGAUAUCCAGUCAUUUCACCUGCCGAUCGGGGACGAGGCGAUCAUAGUACUUUGGAUGGUUAUCUGGAAAACUUUAAAGGAACGUAUCCAAAGGUAGACAUUCCUGCUGAACAGAUGGAGAAAAUAAACGAUGCCUGGAAGCCACUGGCCGAUUUCAUGCAGAAAUUACCAGGACUGACAGAUCUGUUGUUUGGAUUGCCCGAUCGGUUUCCGCCGUGUGUUUUGCAUACUCUACAUCAGCACCUUCCACAGUGCAGGCUGCAUCAUCACACAUUCAAAAUGCAUAGCAUUAUGCAUCCAGAGACAGAUUCAUCUGAGUUUGAGUUGAUCACCUCACCGUCUCUAUACAGCAUCCGAAUGCAGGAGUCUGCCAUGGGUGGCUUUAGACAUGAGCGUAUUCGUGACUAUAAUAAAUAUGCCCUCAUGCGGUUGACGAGUCUGGCUCCCAAUCUCAAGGAAGUGCAUCAUUAUGCAAACAACAGAAGAAUGACUCGCGGAUGGGAACCUUGGUCUGGAUUUACUCAGGACGAGAACAAGGAUACUCCGUCCCUUGGCUCGCUGCGAUGUCUCCGAUUGUGUGACACCAUCCCCAUUGAGGAGGAAUUUAUCAGGGACUGGGCAGCACAUACAGACUUUUCCAAGCUGGAGACCCUAAGAAUCGAAACGGAAAUAUCACAGGAUGCGAUGGAGUAUCUAGUCGAAGAAUGCGACCUCUCCUCGCUCAAGAUUCUCGUUCUGAACAUGGCUACGGAUGACGUCGACCUCGUCCAAAACCACGAAUACUACGACACUGCGAGACAGCUUCUCUCCAGUCUGCCACGCUUAUCAACACUGAAACUGAUCGGUUGGCAUACUGAAUUACCCUUUCACACGUUCCUCGAACAUCAUGGCCCGGAACUACGCAAAUUGUCGCUUUCCGUUUGUCCCACUGAUCGUCUGACAUGCUUCCAGAUUGCACGGAUUGUAGACUUCUGUCCGGUUCUUGAAGACCUUGAACUCACCAUCCCGCGGUGCCGGAGCGAUAUUACUGAAUACACGAUGUACAAACUGAUAGGAUCACUGGAAUGCCUUCAACGCGCUUCGCUGACCUUGGAUGCGUCGAAUUAUGACGUUCUCUGGAAUGAUGGCCCGGCUGAGACUCCGACGGAUGAAACAUUCGACGAGUUUGACAAGCAGUUCUGUACUGUUAAUUCAGCUUUAACCCGUCAUCCGCGCAAUGGUCACGUCCGAGAUGCAAUAAUCAACAGCGCAGUCGAUCAGCACCUCGCAAGCGACAUUUUCGAUGCCAUCUCGUCUGGAAAGCCAGAUGGUUGCCUUCCCCUCGAAGAAUUGAUUCUGCGCGUCCAGGGUGGGGGCAAGUUUUGGAGCGACACAUGGGCAUCUGCUCUAGAUAGGAUGGUACGGCAUUUUCCGCGAGAAUGGAUUGUCAAGCGGAAUCAACGCGACGACAGCCCGAGCAGUUUGGUCAUGACGGAGAUUCGACAGACAGACGAUGAAGAUGAAGAUCCACUCGAUCUGCCGCCCUGGUUGGAGGAAAUCUUCCGUCGGAUCUGGCCGGAGAAACGAGAGGGAAGUAAGUGGUGGGAGGACUGGGCGAGUAUGCCUUUGGAGUGGCCUGGUCAGGAGGAUAACUCGAACGGUGAUGACUUGCAGGCGUUGAAAGAGCGCUUGUAUUCGAUACGUGCUAGUUGAUGUGAUUAAUUACCCAGUCGUCAUAUAUAUUUCAAGCAACUUAAUAGUCUUGAUCCCAGCGAGAACGAUCAAAAAACUGUGCCGGAUACGUACUUUCUCCUUGGCAUGGAGUUUGUCCGUACAUGAUGUCGGAAAUAUACAUCAACACACACCAAUUACUGUAUUGAGGCAAUGCCCUCUGGAAAUAAAUAGACGAC